GUCAUGGCGGCCGGAGCGCGGCGGCGGCCGGGGCCGGGGCCGGUGCGGGUCGCGCGGCGGCGGCGGCGGGUGAGCGGCGGGGCGGCGAUGUGAGGCGGGACGGCGCCAUGUCCGGGUGCGUCUGGGGCGCGGCGCCGCUGCUGGAGGCGCUGGGCCGGCUGUGGGAGGUGCAGGCGCCGCUGGGCAGCGGCUCCUCGGCCUCCGUCUACCGGGUGCGCUGCUGCGGGGACCCGCGGGCCCCCCCCGGCGCCGUCAAGGAGUUCGUGCCGCCUCCGCCGCGGCCCGGCCCUGCCCGCCGCCCCGGCGCCCGCCCGCCCGCCGCUGACUGCGCCGAGUACGGCUUCCGCAAGGAGCGCGCCGCGCUCGAGCAGCUCCGCGGGCAUCGCAACAUCGUGACGCUGUACGGCGUGUUCACCAACCACUACUCUGCCAACGGCCCCACUCGCUGUCUGCUGCUGGAGCUGCUGGACAUCAGUGUGUCCGAGCUGCUGCUGCACUCCAGCAACCAGGGCUGCUCCAUGUGGAUGAUCCAGCACUGUGCCCGGGAUGUUCUGGAAGCCCUGGCGUUCCUGCACCACAAAGGCUACGUGCACGCUGACCUCAAGCCACGCAACAUCCUGUGGAGUGCAGAGGAGGAGUGCUUUAAGCUCAUUGACUUUGGACUUAGCUUCAAAGAGGGGAAUCAGGAUGUGAAAUAUAUUCAAACAGACGGGUAUCGGGCUCCAGAGGCAGAACUGCAGAACUGCCUGGCACAGGCAGGGCUCCAGAGUGAGACGGAGUGUACCUCUGCUGUGGAUCUGUGGAGUCUGGGAAUUGUUUUACUGGAAAUGUUCUCAGGAAUGAAACUGAAACAUACAGUCCAAUCUCAGGAAUGGAAGACAAACAGCUCUGCCAUCAUUGAUCGCAUAUUUGCCAGUGAAGGGGUGGUUAAUUCAGCCAUUCCAGCUUAUCACCUCAGAGACCUUAUCAAAAGCAUGCUUCAUUGUGACCAAGGAAAGCGAGCUUCCGCUGAGAAGGCUUUAUGCAGCCCGUUCUUCAGCAUUCCCUUUGCUCCCCAUAUUGAAGACUUGGUGAUGCUCCCCACGCCUGUGCUGAGGCUGCUAAACGUUCUAAGUGAUGCUUCUCUGCAGUGCGAAGAAGAAUAUGAAGAUAUCCUGGAAGACAUAAAGGAGGAGUGUCAGAAAUACGGACCGGUGGUUUCUUUGCUUAUUCCAAAAGAGAAUCCUGGUAAAGGCCAAGUCUUUGUUGAAUAUGCAAAUGCUGGUGAUUCCAAAGCUGCCCAAAAAAUGCUGACUGGAAAAAUUUUCGAUGGCAAAUUUGUCGUGGCUACGUUUUACCCACUGAGUGCCUAUAAGAGAGGAUAUCUGUACCAAAACUUGCUGUAGGCAGUAGCAACAAUCAGGAGAGUUGUCUUGUUCCUCUUCCUCAUGUGUUUUACAGUUGAAUGUACAAAAGAGCUUCCUAGCCCUGCUUUUGAGUCAUCUGUGAAGGAGAGAUGCAAAGGACUUAACUGGGCUUUGAAACCUUUACUGCUGCUUUGUGGUGUGCAGAGGAGGCCAGGAUGGCUUUCAGCGUGUGCUUGUGUGUGUGUGUUGUGCUUGCUUGUUUACACUGGGUGUGUGGCUUUGCCCCGGCGGGCUCUCGGGUGGCAGGAGUGGUGACUGCAGGAGCCUGGGAGGCCGAGCAGAUCUUGGCAAGUGCUUUCAAGUAAUUUGCAAUGAGACCAUUUAAAGUCUCAGCCUUAGCACUUGACUUAGCUCUGGAGAGAGAAUUUCUUUGUUAAGCUUUCCUGUCAUGCCCGUGGUCUUCUCCAGUGCUGGGGAGGAGCAGAAGGAGGAAGGCUUCCCUGCCUUUUCUUGAUACCUGUGGUGAAUAACCAGAAGCACUGUCCUCUCUAAGCUAGACCAGGAAGACUUUUGGGUCUUCACAUCAGGUAGAGCAGAAGGAAGCAGUGAAAUGAAGAUCUGCUGUGCACAUGGCGUUACCCUGUCACAACCUCAUGUCCCAAGAAGAUCUGUCCCUCUGACCUGGCACCAGUGGCACACUGGGCUCAGGCAGCAAGGUGUGGGUGUUGCUGCCUGCAGAGAACUGAACUUGCUUGUGUGCCUGGGGUGGGCAGGGACUGAUGGUGGGUAUGUGUUGUCAGAGCAGUGCUAGCCUCAGUCCCAACACAACCUGUAAGCACUUUGUAACCUGAGGUGAUGUGAAAACCCUGUUGUGUGGAGUCAUCUUUCUAGCAUGUACCGUGUGCUGGCACUGGUGCUCCCUAGCUCUGACACCAAAUCAUCUGUAACACGUAAGCGUCUUUAGGUGAUAUUUUUGGAACGGAGUGCUACAGGACACAUGAUUCUUUGUGUCUCAGCAGGACUCCUGCCCUGCCAGUCUUCUAAGAAAGAACAAAUAUUUGUCUGUUGUAGAUACCCAUGCUUGGCUUUUCGUGUUGUGCGUUUCGGUUUUGCUUUAACCUAUUAAGACUUGUAGAUUAGAAGCACUGACACUUUUGGUCCUUCAUAGGCUACACAAAGGGCCUGAGGCAACCUGAGAUCCUGUAUGGAAAGGGCUUGAACAGUCAUCAGACUUGACUGGCCAGGGGAAAAGUCUUUCUCAGUGUCAGGGACAACAGCUUUUGAGGAAAAAAAUGCCUGGGAGAGCAUGUCCUGCUGGUGUGGCUUCAGCACACAGGCAGGAGCUCACUUGGGCAGCUGCCAGGCAGGCAGAGGCCAUUUCCCAGGGGUGUGCAGACCAGGCACCCAGCACAGCCUCCACCUGCAGGGGUGGGCACUGGGCUCCUGGCGAGCACAGAGCAGCCCUAUGUGGAGGGGGACCAGCAUGUUCUGGCUUGCAGCCUUGGUACCAGUUUUAGUGAGGAGGAGAGCCCUUGUGAAUUCUUUUCUCCUGCUGAAAUACUUGCGGGCAGCUGCCUGAACCAUCUCUGACCUUCCCUGGAAUAAUACCUGAAUCCCCUUGCAGUUUACUUUUUGCAUCUUGCUGACACUGGGACUCUCUGGAAUCCUGCACUUAAACGUCCUUCUUGAUUUUUGCUCUGUGUGUGCCUGCAUGGUCUGUCAGGAGAUACAGUGUCUGCAACAUUUCACGAGCCUGAGUUCCUCUCUGUGCUGGUGUAGAGUCCUGUCUACUGUGGCCUUUCCCAGACUCCCCCAGAAAGGACCAAUCUCUUUGAAUUUUUCUGUUGCCUUUGAGGUGGUAGGUUUUCCAGGAAAAAACCACAAGAAAACCCACGAUGAGUUUAAAGGUGUGGUUUUCUGAGGAUGAUUGAUUGUUCCUUGGUGUACAUAGCUGUAACACAGCUUUGCAUAGAUGGUCACUCAUUGCUUUUAAUUUAACUGUCCUUGCAGUGAAGCAUCUUCAGUGUCUGGGAGGAACUGGAUGAUCAGCUGGAUGAGGGUUUUUCCUGUGUGAACAGCAGUGUUUCAAGUACUCUUGAGUAUCAGUAGGUAUUGAUGGACCUCCUCAGCUCGGAGUUGUUGCUGUCCCUGGCUGAGCCAGGUGAAAGCCCUUUGGCACAGCAGUUUGCUUGCUGAAUGCCAUCCUGGUGGCAGCAUUGUGCUGGCUGCAUGUGUGCCUGUCAGCUGGCAGAGGCAGACCUGAGAGCUCCUGCCCAUUGAGUACCAGCCUGUGUGGGAACAUGUGGAGCUCCCUGGGGUGUGAGGUCUGUCACCUACAGGGGUACAGGGAGAUGGCAGGGUGCAGGUGCAGAGAUUAAAUGCAUUUAAGCUCUCACUUGCAUUUGUCUGGAACUGUGAGCUGCUCUGUCAUCUUUCAAGCAUAACUCUUUCAGUCAGUUACAUUUUGGAUUUGCAACUAAAGCCCUGCCAGGAUUCAUUUUUAGAGAGGAGCUACAGCCUGUUCCUGCAGCAUGGUAGAGCUGUUCCACUAGUUUGGCUGGGGCUCUGUUCAGCUGCUUUAAUAGAAGCUAAAUAAAUCUUCAAGACGCAAACUCUUGCUACCAGGUUUUCUCCCUGGGUGCUCACUGACAGACUCGAGUGCUGAGCUGGGUAAAAACCCCAAAGCUGCUUAAUUUUCCUCCUGGCAGGAGUUGAAGAUGCUGAUCUCUGUCCUGUCACUGGACCCAGCCCCUGGCUUCCCUCUGCAGGCUGUGGGGUACAGGAAGGUUUAGAAGCUCCUUGAAGCAGAAACAUUUUAUCAUUAUCCCUCACCCUCUGCCUUCAAAGCCUUUUUCUGUCAAGCUGAAGCUUGCUCUAGUGUCUUGGUGAUCUAUUGGUGGCUUGGCAUAAGUUUCAGACCUGCUAAAACUUGUGAGUUUCUUAACUCUAUAAGAUUGUAUCUGAAGUGUGUGUGGUGAUUCAAUCCAAGGCAUCUGUCGUGGUGUGUGUCUGGAUGGGCCUGGCUUUCCUCAUCUCCAAAUUUCUGCCUGCUUGAGUUGCAGAAGUGUUGAGGCUUUCAACUCGGAUGCUGGCUGGGUUUCUUGGUCUGUGCUUCUGACAGCUCCCUCCUAAUGGCCUUGGGUGUAGCACCGACCUGCCUAGUCUUGUGAGGUGACAGCAAGACAUGAAAACCCACUGGCUGCCUUUGAGGGAGAGAUCUGCUUUGGGGGGAAAGGGAUGAAAGAUGAAGCCUCUUGAGAGAGCCAGGGAAGACUGGUGCUGCUCUGGGCAGGCAUCCCUGGGAGGAGGCAGUCCAAGGAGCUGCAUCCCCUUGAAGCAUUUGUGUGAAUAAGAAACUUGCUUGUGCUCUGCUGUUCCGUGGUGGUGUUUGGGUUUUGCAGCCAACCUGACAGGAAAUGUCACUGCCAGUCGAAGAACAGCUGUCCUUCCUCUGCCACCAGCAUCUGCCUGGGAGCAGUCAGGGAGAGGAAGUUCUUUGCAUCUUCCACCUAUUGCUUAUAGGCAAGGAAGGGAACUGGUUUUUAAAUCACUGGCCGAAGCACAAGUCAGCCCUGAUCUUUGUUGUGUUCCUAAUCCUGUUCUCGCUGGUUUCUUAACACCUUCACCCAAGCACCACGUGGCACCUGGGCUGCCUUUCCAGAGCCCUCCGUGCACUUCUGCCCGCUGGGCCGGGCCGGGGGCCCGGGCCCCUCCCUGCGGCUCGGGCCUCAGCUCUCGUGUCCCGUCACGCAGCGUUGCCGAGCGAUGUGUGCUUGAUACACACCCUUAAUAAACGAUGCUCCAGUACGAA